AUGGGAAUUCUAUUAAGCGACGGCGAAUCAAAUUCCGAUCAAUUAUCCACCCGGGAGCAAUUGCUUUUGCAACAGGAACUACGAAACAAUAAUUCCGCCUCGGGAAAUUAUCAUCAAAGUUUGGGACAGAAAUACGGUCUCAGUUCGUCAUUGGAUCAACAGCAAGAUUUCCCCUUACACACCGCUAAAAUGUAUCACUCCAGUGCUGGAUAUCCGGAUUUAAGUGGUUCCUCGGCUGCCAGUGGUGUUAGUUCAUAUCAUCAACAGGCCGCUGCAGCAGCUGCCACAGUUAGUGCUCCCGUCUAUGUGCCCUCAAAUCGUGCCCUUACCAAUAGUCAAUAUCAACAUGUUGCCGCACAUUUUGGUACAGCGGCGGCGCAAAAUGCCUGGACUUCAGAUAGCUUUGGUACAGCGCAUGCCCAACUGCCACCACAAUUCUAUACACAAAAUGCCGUAAUGAUGGGUUCAUGGCGGGCAGCAUAUGAUCCCACCGGUUUCCAACGUUCCUCACCCUAUGACAGUGCCAUUGAUUUUCAAUUUGGCGAGGGCCGGGAAUGUGUGAAUUGUGGAGCGAUCAGCACGCCACUAUGGCGGCGAGAUGGUACCGGUCAUUAUCUAUGUAACGCUUGCGGAUUGUAUCACAAAAUGAACGGUAUGAAUAGACCGUUGAUCAAGCCAAGCAAGCGAUUGGUGAGUGCAACUGCCACGCGCCGUUUGGGUUUAUGCUGCACCAACUGCGGCACCCGCACCACAACUUUGUGGAGACGCAACAACGAAGGUGAACCUGUGUGUAAUGCCUGCGGCCUCUACUUUAAACUGCAUGGUGUAAACCGACCCUUAGCCAUGCGCAAAGAUGGCAUACAGACCCGCAAAAGGAAACCAAAGAAAACUGGAAGUUCCAAUGAAAAUGGCAAAGAGAUCAAAGAUGAUGAUCUCAAAGCUUCCACCAUGGGUUUGGAACGUCACAGUUUACCCGGUUCAUUGGCCUCGAAAUUACAAAACGACCUCGCCGCAAAGGGGGCCGGUAGUGGUUCAGCUCUACACAAUUUAAGCUUAGGUUCCAGCGCCCUGCACAGCACAUUAAGCCAUCAUAUGCAUUUCCCAACAGCCACCUCAUCAUCACAGCAAAACAGACUGACAAAUAACUCCGGAGGCGGAAGUUUAACUGGGCACAAUUCAUCAUCAACAACAAGUGGUGCUAAUUCAUCGGGAACCACAACCAAUACAUCGUCAAGCAAUCUCAAUUCCUCAUCAUCGUCAACGUCGGGACACAACAACAGUAGCCUGUAUUCUCCCUCUGCUCUCGCCGCCCAGGCAAAUCUCAAUCAUUCACAAUUAUCGGCCACAGCAUUUGGUAGCCAAAAAUAUGAACAUCUACUAAGCGGCAGCAAUUCCCUCAGUAAUGGCCUAAGUUCAUCGUCCACACCCUCCUCCAACUACCAUGGCCAUCAUUUGCAUCAUCACCACCAUCAUCAUGCAGCAGCUGCAGCGGCUCAUCAUGCUGCCUCCGCCGCUCAUCAUCACCACCACCAUCAUUCGCCAUCGUUGUCACAUCAGGUGGCAACAUCGCCCAGUAGUGGUGGUAGCCUCGGUGGUUAUAGUGUUAAAUCGGAAAAUAAUUCAACAAAUUAUGAUUAUGUGAAUAAUUGCUAUUUUGGUUCAUCAUUUGGAGCAUUGAGUGGUUCACCAGCAUCCUCGGCGGGUAUGCAUGGUGCCACGGCUUCAGAUAUGGCUGGUGUCUAUCAUCAUCAACAUAAUGUUAUACAGGCGGCGAAAUUAAUGGCAACCUCAUAG